AUGCACCUACCAUACGAGUCGCGGGGUCGUCGCCGGCGCGAGAUGGCUGAAAGCGAGCCCUGGUGGCUGCAGUCCAUCAUUGAUGAGACCCUUGGAGAGCACCCUGAUCUUGUGCGAACCGGCAGUCCGGACCUCAUGUGUUCCAUGUUACCCCAGCACUGGCGCUCCAACAAGACCUUGCCUGGAGGUUUCAAGGUCGUCGCCCUUGGGGAUAUCCUGGAUGGCACCCAAGUCACAGUUAGAGCUGGCAACGAUGAAAACUGUUCUGCAGAGUUGAGAAAUAACACGGCGGUCAUGAAGAAUAGAGUUGCAAAGUUCAAUGACCUAAGGUUCGUCGGGAGGAGUGGAAGAGGGAAAAGCUUCUCCUUGACAAUUAUGGUAUCAACAUCGCCACCACAAGUAGCAACAUACCAAAAAGCCAUCAAAGUUACAGUGGAUGGACCUCGGGAACCCCGCUCUAAAACUAGUACAAAUGCAUCACCUCACCAAAUAAGAGCAAUAGGGUUCCAACGGCCGUUCAUAGCAAGCACAUCAAUGUCCCUACGAGAUUUAGAAUACAAGACAUCACCCCGGCUGCGGUCGCUGUCGCACGAGGAAAGAGAGUAUAAGACUAACGCCAAUUUACCACCUGAAGGAAAGUCAGUCGCAUUACAAACACAAGAUUGUACAAUGCCUACAGAAUUGCCUACUCAAAUACGUGUAAACGGGGAUGCCGUGGGCGCAAUCGGAACAAGUCCAUUAUAG